AUGCCACCACCACCCCCUCCUCCUCCACCGGGAGCGCCUCCCCCACCGGCGGCGCCAUCGGGACCACCAAAGCUUUCCAAGAAUGCAGCACAGGGCCGAGGUGCGUUGCUAUCGGCCAUCCACAAAGGAGCGAAGCUGAAGAAGGCUGUCACAAACGACCGCAGUGCACCCGUCGUCGGCAAGACUUCGUCAGGCCCCUCUGGCGGUGGCAGCGGAGGCGGCGGCAGCAGCAGCGGGCCCCCAUCUGGCGGGCUGGGCGGGCUCUUUGCAAACGGCAUGCCCACACUCAAGAAGGCCAGUGAUCGCGCCCCGGGCGGCCCCGCAUUGAGACCGCCCGGUGCAGCGAAACUGCCGCCCAAGACAGCGCCGUCCAUCGGAGGUGCAUCGUCAGGCCCUCCACUGCCCCCACCAGGCCGAUCGGGACCACCGCCUCCACCACCAGGACGUUCAGGUCCGCCGCCACCGCCGCCCGGCAGGACAGGGCCACCGCCACCGCCACCAGGGCGAUCAGGGCCACCACCGCCGCCGCCAAACAGAUCAGCAGCACCGCCGCCGCCACCAGGGAGAACUGGCCCCCCGCCGCCGCCGUCGAGUCGGUCCAAACCGCCACCGCCGCCGGUCCGCACAUCCUCCAUUGGCGCAGCGUCGCGGCCAAACGCGCCGCCACCACCGCCCUCAGCAGCACAGAAGCCAACUCUCCCGCCGCCCUCGGCAAAACCUCCUCUUCCGAGCCAACUGUCGAAGCCGUCACCACCGCCAGCGCCGCCCGGUAACCGCGGACCCCCGCCGCCGCCGCCGUCGCGCACAAACCCGCCGCCACCGCCGCCAGCACACCGCCAACCGCCACCGUCGGGAUCCAAACCCGCGCCGCCACCAGCACGCGGGCCGCCGCCACCGCCAGGCCGCUCUGCCGCCCCACCACCGCCACCGCCAGCAGCAGGGUCGUUUCGCGUACGAAUUGAGGCGAGGUUCCAGAAAGUCACAGUGCAAGUGCAGCCGCGACAAAACAUCCGUCCAACAUACUGCUCUCCACACGACACCAACCCCAUGCUCGGCUUUUCCUAAACCUCCGCUUAGCUUU